ACCGGAUACGAUAAAGUACAUUCUGUCAAAAUUAUUUUAUUGCAAAAAUGCUUUUAACGUUGAAAAUAAAUUACUCUGGAACCAAAUCCUUAAAAGUUGAUUUGAUUCACGUAGAAAUGAAACGUCAAUUAUGAGAACUGACCAAGGUUAAAAUUAUUCAAAAUUAACCUAACUAUACUAUGUUUUUCUGAAAUUUAUAAAUAUUUAUUUACAAAUGGCUCCAAAUAAUUGAAGCAUUCGUUUAAAAAUAUAUAUACUGUAAGUUUGGUGAAAAAUAUAGAACAUCAAAUCAAUAGAAAUUAACUGUUACAAGUCUUCCUUGCGUCUCUUUUUAAACUCAAAUAUCCAACAAAGAUGCAACAGUGCUCUCGAUACGAAACAGCUGAUUAUUCAAUCAAAACUUCGUAGUUAAAGAAUAUGUCACGAUUCUAUAACUUUUUUAAAAAGGGAAAAUGUUCUGUGAUUGGGAUGAUACACGUUGGUGCAUUACCUGGAACACCUUUGUAUAGCGGUAAUACCAAAGAAAUUAUAAAUGAUGCAAUAAAAGAAGCGGUAACUUAUAGUGAAUACAAUAUUGAUGGUAUAUUAAUAGAAAAUAUGCAUGACAUUCCAUAUGUAAGGCCCAAAGAUUUAACUCCUGAAACUACAGCAAUAAUGACCAGAAUUUGCACAGAAGUAAGAAAAGUAUUACCUGAAAAUAUACCUUGUGGUAUACAGAUUUUGGCAGGAUGUAACAAGGAAGCCAUAGCUGUAGCAAAGGCAGCAAAUCUUCAAUUUAUCAGAGCAGAGGGGUUUGUCUUUUCUCAUAUUGCAGAUGAGGGCUUUACAGAUGCAUGUGCUGGCUCUUUGUUAAGAUAUAGAAAACAAAUUGAUGCAGAUGAUAUUCUUAUUCUUGCUGACGUUAAAAAAAAGCAUAGUUCACAUGCAAUCACCUCUGAUGUAAGUUUAUCAGAGACAGUAAAAGCAGCAAAAUUUUUCUUAGCAGAUGGAAUAAUACUGACAGGGAUUACCACCGGUGACCCAGUUAAUGUAUCAGCAUUUACAGAGAUUAAACAGAAUAGUGAAAUACCAGUUCUUAUUGGUUCUGGCGUUACAAAAAGCAAUAUAAAGGAUUAUUUAUCCUCUGACGCCGUAAUUGUUGGAUCGCAUUUUAAAAUCAGUGGGACUUGGGAAAAUAGAAUUGAUAAAAAAAAGGUGAGCAGCUUUAUGGAAAAAUUAAAAGUCGUGCAAAACUUGCAAUAAUGAUUGCACUAAAAAUGUAUAUUUAAAAAAUCAUGUUUUUUAAAUAUUAUUUUUAUACCCAGUUGUAAUUCUAAUUAAACAUAUACUGUGUACAUACCUACAAGUUAAUUUUCUACGUUCCUUAUUAUUAAUAAAAUGAAUGCUGUAUAAUCGGAAAUUCGAGAGAAAUGACUGAAAAAAUUAAUUAUGAGCGGAAUAAAACGGAAACACUCGUAACCGGUUUUAUGAAACCUGUCCUACACAUUGCAUGAAUAGACACUUGAUAGAAGGGUACAAACUGAGGUCUGGAAUCAAAUUUAUUAUGAUACAGCUAUAAAUUAUGUUGUUUCAUGCAAAGUCGUUAAAUUUCUCAAAAUAAUACAGAAUCAAAGAUAAAUGCUAAAUAAUUUCAAAAAUAAUGUAUAAAAAAUUAAUUUCGUCCGCUAUGAAACUUGCACAAAAAUUGAAUUUAUUUAAAUCCUUAUUUGAAUCCAACGUGUUUAGACGCUGUUACAAUAAGCUAAAUACAUUUACUUAUCCGUGAUUAUUGUCAUUCCCAAGACACAUUUAUCCAAAACGAGAGAAGAAAAUGAGAAACACUAUAAAUUUCUCAAAACGGAAACAAAAAAAGCCCAUUAUUGAUACAAGGUUGACGUGACAUCAGGACUCUUCUUAUUUUGUAAGAAAUUUUACGAGUUUAUUAAAACUCAUCAAGUUUUUAAAUGGCUAAUUUAUGGACAUAAAUAAACUUGUUCUGGUUCUGUGA